AUGAAGGUCUCCAUCUCAGCGUUGGCCAUAAUUCUGGCAGUGCAACAAGCCAUUGCCCUCCCCGCCGGGCAGGCCGAAAAACCAGGUCUUACGCGCGAAGAGUGGCUAGAGUAUUUGACUUUGGACAUGACUGAAGGAUGGGAGCCCAUGGCACGUGUGCCGCAGUAUAACAUCUCUGCCGGCGAAACCCUCGACCUCUCGACCACCACCCUUUUCAAAAGGAGCCUGGAGAAACGAGGCGGCGGGAACGCCUUUGCCCCGUCUUAUUAUGGGGGAUGUGCGACUCGGGAGUUCACCGUUAGGAACUUUGGCUGCGGUGCCUGCGUGACUGCGGCGGGUGCUGGUCCACUCAGUUGGGAGAGUAGCUGGUUGUGGAGAGAGACCACUGGGAACCCAUAUCCAACUGUUGAAUGGUACAACGAUCGUUACUGUACCGGUACCAAAGUGCAUCAUCAGGGUAUCUACUCGGGACAGUAUUCAUCUUGCGAUAUUGCUGGCCAAGGAAACCAAGCUUCAGUCUACCUGUCCGCUAUGCUUUACCAGGGCUGUUGA